UAUUUGCUCAUUUCUACACUGAGACUGACCACGAGUUCGGUUCCUGCCGAGGUAAAAAACAUGCCUUGGAAAUAUGGUGUCGAUACCAACGUUAGGCCCAGGUUGACAACUGGAUCUUCGUGUCAGGACACUGUUGCACGAUGCGAAGCGGCGGAAGAAUGUCGUUGGCAUUUGGGGGAGUUACGAGUGCGCUGUGCUCCAAACUCUUGCCGGCGUUCGGAUUGUGCUGCGGCUCUACAACGAUUUGCUCGUUUUGUGCCAUUCGCUCUGGUCGAGUCGAUGAUGUUCUGCCACUGCUCGGCCGGCGAUUCCCUUUGUGCCCAACAACAGGAGAUUCUUUAUCCAAAGUGCCUCUAUUCAACUUCCUCAACGGCGAUCACAUGUACAGAAGCAGCUCGCAAAUGCGACACCGAUCAUCGGUGUCGACAUCUUCGCCAUUCAUUGACGGCCAACUGUCCGGUGGCAUACGAGGCAUGCGCGAAAACGUCUCUGGACGAGUGUAGGCGUACGAUUCUGCAUGCAAGAGCUUCUAUUCUUGAACAACCCUGCUACUGUCCGCUGUCCGAUGUUGAAUGCAUGGCUCAUCAACGCUUGAUGAUUCCCAAUAACCCCUGUAUAGAGAAAGCUAUGCUGGACUAUUCACGAUUGAUGGGUUAUAACACUCCGCCUGCAACGAAUCGUGUCCAUGAAGCGGACUACGCAAACCAGAGUCUGGUUGGUGAUUCUCAGGAGGAGUCGGUGAUUUUUAUCCAAGUUACUCCCAUAAAGUCUUAUAAAGUUGGAAUGAAUGAACCCCUUCGUAAAGUAUGGGUAGUAAAUGACUUGUCAGGAAUUAGAAAGCCAAUUCGAAUGGGUGUUACCAUCAAGCAGGAAACAGCUCAAGAGGCGAACGGCUCUUUAAACGACGUUCUUUUCAGAAGACGGAAGGAAAAACCGCGAACAACGCUCUCGCCUUUGCCAACAGAACCACCACCACCAUGGGAGACAACCACUACCCAGCCGCCUACUACCACGUUCGUCACCCACGCACCGCCACCAGCCGAAGGAUGCAAUGCCAAAGAUGCCAGUGGACGACAAAUUUUCGUCCAUACGGGCUCUUUGAUACGAAAAUAUGUUGACUGGUCGGGUCGAUGUUCGUCGUGGUGUGAAUGUGUUUCUGAAGACGAGCUUGUCUGUGAAAGACUACCUUGCCUCGAAGACGGAAAAUGCGAUGCACCUUUAACAUCUGUCGAUUUUGGAGAACGCUUAUUCCUCCGUGAUCGUGGAGCAUGUUUUUGUGAAUCAGGAACGUUCAUCUGCGAUCUUCCAGAGGAGAUGCCAGAAGUUUAUCCAGGACUUUACCUCUCAGCCGGGUACUCUCUGACUGAUGUCGAAAUGCUUCGUAGUGAAAUCCCUCGCGAAGCCCUCGAACGGGCUGGGUUUCUUUCAUCGAAUGCCGCCACCGAUAUUGCCAGUCGCCUUCAAAUCGCUUUCGAGAGAGUCCUGCCUAAGGGCCUUCAAUGUCGAAUCGUUCUGAUGCCGGAAAUGAGUGAACCGGGUUCGGCUUUCAUGAGAGUCGAAUGGUUUGGCAAAAAUGAAGCGCUCAAUCACACAAAGUUACAAUGGCACACUGGAUGGGCAGAGAAGGCGUGCUCGCCAUACGUCACAAUGCUCGCCAGUUAUUUUUCGCUGAACGACUCACCUCGUUUCCAGCUGGUAUUAUCGACUGUUAAACAGCUCAAAGUGAGUUUUUUGAAGGGGAAAAUCGCUAGAGGGCGAUUUUUCAUAAUCACUCUUAAUCAUGCUAGCCAGUCAAUAUGA